AUGAGGGGGGGUUGUCGGCGACUCGUGUGGCUCGAGGCCUACGCUGCGCCGCCCAAGCCCUACAGCCUACUGCCGAUCCAGCGCCUGGCGUUUGGGGCGAGCCGCGGUGGCGCGCCCACCGCGGCACGGCCGUGGCUGCGCAUACACCUUACGCGCUUUCUCCUCAACGGCUAUCCGUGCUUGCUGUGCCCCUGCGUGGUGUGUUUCAAGUUCUUACAACCCAAGGUGAUAGAGGGCAAAAAGAUCGAUUGCGCUCUUGCCGAUCCGCACCUACCUAGGCUCUUGGGUGGCGCGCCCCAGCUCUUCACAACGAACCUGGACGCCACGCCAAUUAUCUGCGCGCCCAUCUGUUGCCUGGCAUCCCCUGCGAAUUCGUCGCUCGUGAUCAGCUCCGCCGCCGCUCGUAGCAACCAGUGCCGUGUCGAGAUGAAGCUCCGCGACGACGCCCGUGGACUGCACGCGCAGGGAGAGGCGCACGAGCUCCCGCACGGCAAGCGACUUCUCGGCAUGCGCCGCCUGACGCCUGUCGGCAUCCCAUUCUUGCAAGCAAGCCACAUUUCUACCGACGACCGCGUAUUUGGUCGCGGAGAGGACGUUUUGGUACGUUUUGGCACCAGCUGA